AUGAUACUGAAACAUGCUAUCAACGAAGUGGCACAGCGCUUGGUUCUUCUAGAUGCUACGGCCCUUUACCUUUCCAAAGUAGAAGGACUGCUUUCCAAUGAAGCUAAAUUCAACCCUGACUUCUUUAAUUGGACGUCAGUGUUUUUUCCGUACUGUGAUGGCGCAUCGUUUUCUGGAAAUCGCGCUAAACCAUUAAAAUUUAAAAAGAAACUUCUUUAUUUUCGAGGUCACCGAAUAAUGGAUGCUCUACUCGACGAACUUCUUCAGAGAGGCAUCGGAAAUGCUUCGGAAAUAAUAUUGGCUGGUAGAUCGGCUGGCGCUCUUUCUGCCAUCAUACACGCCGAUUAUAUCCGAUCACGUUUACGAAGCGUGACGAAUGCAUCCUUCCGGGUACUUUCGGAUGCUGGAUUUUUCCUGGACGAACCGUCUUUGAAUGGCUCCAAAAUCGCUCGAUCGGUUUUUCAACAGAUGUACUCGUUACAUAAUUCUUCAACGGGCUUAAAUCAAGCUUGUCUCAGCGCGCAAAAGCGUCAGUAUAAAUGGCGCUGUUUCUUUCCGCAAUAUUCUCUUCCGUUUCUUUCUUCGCCUAUCUUUCUGGUGAACUCUUUGAACGAUCUAUGGCAGCUAGCUGUUUUCUCAAAUAUCCCGUGUGUUGUCAAAGUGAAGACUUGUCAUUCAAAGGAGUUGCGUUUCCUUGCGAAGUUUCGCAAGAAAACUUUGCAUGCUUUGCGUUCGGUUUUUGACUCCAGGAAGACAGCAGUAUUCGCAGACGCUUGUCUAGCUCACACGCAGUGCGUCAUGAACGAUUAUUGGACGCAAAUCGAGGUAGAAAAUAUUUCAAUUGCGCAAGCUUUCUCUGACUGGUAUCGUGAAAGGGAACAAAACCGGUUU